AUGGAGAAUUCUAGUCCCAUCAAAAUUAACGACGCCCAACAGGAAUUAGAAUACUUUCAAUACAUAUUUAAACUUGGUUUGCAAAAGCUGCAAGAAAAUCAGAAAGCGCAAGUGCCAAUUCAACAAUCUGCUCAUCCUUCCGUCCAUCAUCUUCCUUCUCAAUCUCCAACUUUUACAUCGGUAAAUAGUAACCAAUCCUCGCAUCCGAACAGACCAAUCGCAUACCGUCCAAAGAUGUCAUUAUUAAACAACAACCCGACUUCUAUAAUUCCACCACUGAUGGGACAAGAGAUUUCAAACUCUCCCCAUUCACCAGUUAUACUAACACACGGUCUUGCUCAAGGAAGUAAACAGCAAAAUAAAGAAUCAGGAACAUCAUCUCCUGCAAUUAGACGACGAUUAAACGAUAGUGGAGAAAAUCAACAUCCUCAGCAAUACAAAAAACAUCGUACAAUUGCCGAAGAUGAAAUAAACCAUAGCUCCGGAUAUUCGGUCAAAAAUAGUCAGUUAGAUCCUCAUGACAUGAAUCCGAUAUCAGCUAGUCAACAACAGCAAGGAUCGCUAAGUAAUCAUUUUACAUUAGCUGACAUGACAAGAGCUAUCUUUAACAAUCUUCCGUGUUUCUAUCUACAAUUUGAAGAAGAUUUAUCUAUUGGUCAACUUCCUUCAACAACAAAAGUAGCUCAUCUACUUAAUCAUUUUUUUAGAAACAAAUGGGAACCAUCAUUUAAAGGUUUUACUCUAUGUUCUUUUGUUGGGAAAAAUCGAUUGAAAAUCGGUACAAAUGAUAAAGAUGAUUAUUUUAACUUGAUAAAUUCUAAAUGGCCGGAAGAAAUUGAAAAUAAGAUUGUUAAAAUAAAUAAACCCAAUUUUAUCCCGGACUGA